GGUUUUUUAGCAGACUUGCUGGCACGUUUGAAGUGGCAUUCAGGUUCUCUUCUUCUUCUUCUUCUUCUUCUUCUUCUUCUUCAUAUUCUUCUUCUUUGAAUGAAUUGGUUCUAGAUUGAUUGACUCAUUGAAUUCAUCUCUCAAGUUUGUAAACAUAAAAUCACUGUUUUUCUUCUAAUUUUCUGCAUUCUUUGUUCAAAUUCCCUUCUUGUCAAUCUCCAAAAAUUUCAUCUUUCUCUCCUUUUGCUUGGGAUCUGAGCUUCAGCUUCUCUGGAUUUGCAGGAUUGUGAGAUUUUUAUCACAAAGAGUUGAGAGAUGGGGCUUUGUUGUAGCAAAGAUAUGGAUUCUAAAUCAAAUGAAUAUACAUACCAAAGACCAGCAGCAGCUCAACAUGCAACCAAGCCAUCACCAUCACCACCACCACCACCACCACCACCACCACCUCCCUCUGGAACCAAGAAUGCUCCUCCAUCCCCUUUGAAACCCUCUGCUCCCAAUCCAUCACCACCCAAACCCCAAAUUCAUGGUGACACUAUCCUUGGUAAACCCUUUGUGGAUGUAAGAAGUUUUUAUACUCUUGGUAAGGAGCUCGGCCGAGGCCAAUUCGGUGUUACUUAUCUUUGUACUGAGAAUGCCACUGGCCUCUCUUAUGCUUGCAAGUCGAUCUCAAAACGCAAGCUUACUAGUAAGAGUGAUAGAGAGGAUAUCAAGAAAGAGAUUCAGAUCAUGCAGCAUUUGACUGGCCAAACAAAUAUUGUUGAGUUCAAAGGGGCUUAUGAGGACAAGUACUCUGUGCAUCUUGUGAUGGAGCUUUGUGCUGGCGGGGAGUUGUUCGAUAGGAUUAUCGCUAAAGGGCAUUACUCGGAAAGGGCUGCGGCAACGAUGUGUCGGGCAAUUGUCAAUGUGGUGCAUAUUUGUCAUUUCAUGGGAGUUAUGCAUCGAGACCUCAAGCCGGAGAAUUUCUUGCUUUCAACAAAGGAUGAAGGAGCGAUGCUCAAGGCCACGGAUUUUGGUCUAUCAGUCUUCUUCGAGGAUGGAAAAGUCUAUAGGGAUAUGGUCGGGAGUGCUUAUUAUGUUGCUCCCGAAGUUCUACGACGAAAUUAUGGGAAAGAAAUAGAUAUUUGGAGUGCUGGUGUUAUUUUAUACAUCCUUCUAAGUGGCGUCCCUCCUUUCUGGGCCGAGUCGGAGAAAGGGAUAUUUGAUGCUAUAUUGCAAGGGCACAUUGACUUUGAUAGUGCGCCAUGGCCAUCUAUAUCGAAAAGUGCUAAAGAUCUGGUCAGACGGAUGCUUACUCAGGACCCGAAGAAACGAAUCACUUCUGCCCAAGUUCUUGAACAUCCAUGGAUUAGAGAAGAUGGAGAUGCACCUGAUAAACCCAUCGACAGCGCCGUUCUUUCAAGGAUGAAGCAAUUCAGAGCAAUGAACAAACUGAAGAAGAUGGCACUGAAGGUUAUAGCGGAAAAUCUUUCUGAAGAAGAGAUAAAAGGUUUGAAACAGAUGUUUACAAAUAUGGACACGGACAAGAGUGGCACGAUCACAUACGAAGAACUGAAAACAGGAUUGGCCCGACUCGGCUCGAAGCUCUCUGAGGCGGAAGUAAAGCAGCUCAUGGAUGCUGCUGAUGUCGACGGGAACGGGAGUAUCGAUUACAUUGAAUUUAUUACAGCCACAAUGCACAGGCACAAGCUUGAAAGAGAUGAGCAUCUAUACAAUGCAUUCCAAUAUUUCGACAAGGAUAACAGCGGCUAUAUUACAAGAGAGGAAUUGCGAUCGGCUAUGGAGGAGCAUGGAAUGGGCGAUGCUGCCACAAUCAAAGAAAUUAUAUCGGAGGUUGACACCGAUAAUGAUGGAAGGAUAAACUAUGAGGAGUUUUGUGCAAUGAUGAGGAGUGGGGUUCAGCAGAGUGUUAAGGUUUUAUGAGCUCUUUGUUGGUAAAUAAAGCUUCCAUUGAUCUGGUUUUCACCUUUCUCAAUGUGGAAGCAUGUUUCUAUCUGGUUUCUGCUUUCAUUUUAUUUUUUUGUUCAUUGGUUGUAUAAACAUCAGAAUUGACUUGGAGGGAUUGUGAGGGAUUUUAAUUGGUAACUUUGAACUUAUCAGAUGAAUGUAUAAUUGUAUUUUGUUUCAAUGAAAUAAUGAAAGGCUUGGUAGUGUCUCA